AGUGCAGUGCGCCUGCGCGCGCGGCUCGGUGGAGCGGUCGGCGGUCGGCGGCGGCUCGCGGCGUGCGUGCAGUCAGUCUUCUGCUGGUGCCGGCGGAGGGGGGUGACUGUGCCGGGGAGCGGACGGCGCGCCGCGUGCUGCCAUGGAGGAGGAGCUGCGCUGCCCCGUCUGCCAGCAGAUCUACAGUAAUCCGGUGCUGCUGCCAUGCGGUCACGCCAUGUGUCUGAACUGUGCGCUGCAGCGCCAGUGUCCGCCCUCCGCGGUGACCGUGCGGCCCGAUCCGGACGAAUCAGACACCUCGGGCUCAGACGUGGACAAACUGUCCGUGGCCAGUGAGACGGACAGUGGUGUGGUGUGCGGCAGCGGCGGCAGCCGGCCCGCCUCCUACCUGGGAUCACCCGAACCGGCCGCGCUCGCCCUGCUCUGUCGUAAGUGCGGCAAACACGUCUACUUUGACGAGCACGGCGCGUACAACCUGCCGCGCUACCGCACCCUGCAGAAGGUCGUGGACCGGUACGUCGAGGCUAAGGACGUGGUGCUCAAGUGUCAGCUGUGCGAGUCGAGCCCGCGCGACGCGGCCGUUCUCUGUGAGCAGUGCGAGGUGCUGUACUGCGAGCCGUGCCGGGAGCGGUGUCACCCCAGCCGCGGCCCGCUGGCGCAGCACCGUCUGACGGAGCCGCGGGCGGGCCGCGGCGGAGCUCCGUCGGCCAGCGCGCGUCACCCCGUGCCCUGCAGCUGCCCCGACCACCCCGGACAGCCGCUGGUCAACUACUGCGUCGACUGUAAGCUGGCCGUGUGUAACAGCUGCGUCCAGGACGGCAAGCACCGCGGCCACGAGCUCCAGUCGCUGGCUGUCAUCGCCAAGGCACACAAGACGGACCUGUCGUUUCACCUGCAGCAGCUGACAGAGCGCGCCAAGUCGGCCGCAGAUUACAUCCACCAGCUGAAGGGGCUCGCCGACGUGGUCACGGACAACUGCGCCGAGUUCGAGGCCACGGUGUCUGAGCGGUGUGACGAGCUGAUGGAGCUGAUCCAGCAGAGGCGCCAUCAGCUGAUCCAGUACCUGCACAGCACGCGAGACGACAAGAUCAGGAGCGUCAAACAGCAGGUGUCGCAGGCGACUGUUCGGCUUCAGCAAACGAACGGUCUUCUGAUGUUCUGUAUAGAGGCGCUCAAGGAGCGUGACGAUAGCGCAUUCCUGCAGAUCAGCCAGAUGCUGACCCACCGAGUGGCCUCGUAUGACCUGAUGUGGGGUCGUGACAUCACCGACCAGUCAAUCAACCCCGACCUGGACCUCAGUCUGGAAACGGACACCGUCCGCGCCGCCAUCCAGCAGUUCAACUUCAUCCAGAUGAAACCGCCGGGCCCGCCGACUCUCCUGGCUGAGGAGUGUACUGCGGAGAACAACCGCCUGCGACUCCGGUGGCGACCUCACCCCACCUCCCACCACGACGGCUUUAUCGUGCAACUCAACGACGGCGUGGGGUUCCAGGAUGCCUACUGCGGACGGGAGGCGCACUGUCUCAUCACCGGACUCCACUUCAACACACGCUACAAGUGCCGCGUGAAGGGAUACAAUAGUACCGGUGACGGUCCGCCCAGCGACGCCGUUAGUUUGAGAACCACCGACGUGGCGUGGUUCACGUUCGACCCCUCCGGCCGGCACCCGGACGUGUCUCUGUCCCGGGACAACAGCAGCGCCACCUGUGACUCGUUCGAGAGCAGGGUGGCGCUGGCGUCGGUCGGCUUCUCGCGCGGCACGCACUACUGGGAGUUCUCCGUGGACAAGUUCGACGGCAACGCCGACCCGGCAUUCGGCAUGGCCAGGGCCGGCGUCAGCAGGGACUGCAUGCUCGGCAAGGACAACAAGGGCUGGAGCAUGUACAUUGACGGCAAGCGCUCGUGGUUGAUGCACCAGGACAUCCACUCAGGCAGGGCCGAGGGCGGCAUCAAGGCGGGUGACACGGUCGGCAUCUUGCUGAACCUCACCGCGCAGAAGCUGACCUUUUACAUAAACGACGUCGUGCAGGGCCGGAUAGACUUUGGCGGGCUGCAGGGCACCUUCUAUCCAGCAGUGAGUCUGAAUCGUAACGUGGCGGUGACGCUACACACGGCACUGGAGCCGCCGGUGGGUGCCGACUGCUGAGGGGUCUCUAAUGUCGCCUAUCACUGAGGAUCCACCUAGCUGAGUGGACAUCACCGUUGUGGCAGCGCCUAUACCUGUCACCGUUGGAACCUGCGGACUCGAGUGUGCUGAGCUCACCGACACAACAGCUAGGGAAGGCACAGUGAGGUACUCUACUCAGAGUCGAGAUCGAGAACAAUCAGACCGGUCUGUGUGAACUGUGUGUACUCAAUGGUGGCAGGCUGGUGUAGCCGUGGGGCUCAGUCCAGUGAUCUCGAACGGACCAGACCCUGAAGAGCAGUCAGAUUGCGGACUCGGAGUCCGACAAUGGAUUGUGUUCUUUUUGCUGAAAUGCAGUCAGACCUCAGAGUCACUGAUGAGUUAUUUGUCUGUCUCAGAAGUCACACUCACUGCUUGUCACAUGGACAAGGCCGUUAUUGGAGCGCUGAGGCCGUCACUGCCGAUUGUGCUGCCACCUGCAACUGGCGGAAGCUGCCAUGUGUACUAUAAGUGACGCUGGUGUCAGUGUGCGGUACCUGAACUGUCGACUGCCGAGGACCGCGGGCGCUUUGGGGAGAGGUCCUUUGGCGUGCGCAGUCGUUCCUAAUCCGUGUCACUGGUCGUGACAGUCACUGUGGGCUGAAAUGUGUUCUGGGAGGCUGCUUAAACCUAGGUGAGUUAUUGUUUCAUGUGUGUCUAGGUUCAAAGAUGGGACUAAUGAAACGUUAUUGUUGCCGAGAUUAUGUUCUAAACAUUUCAGUCAAUAAUAUACUCUUUGCUGAAUGAACUGAGUAACAUUUUAGCUGCUGCUUCGAUGCAGUUGCAGUACAAUGUCACCUUACAUUAAUGCUGAAGAGUCUCUUACGUCAAACAGUAGUGCGUAGUUUCCACAAAACACCACGCAGAACACUUCUAAAUUUACAGGUGACAAAAUCAGAGCGGCAUAUUGUCGGCUAGCUCAUGUGUACGUGCUUUUGGUAUUUGUACCAUUUACUGCGCUCGGAUUUUACCAUGUGGGAAGGGCUUUGUGUCGGGAAAAUCGUACAUACAUAGAUGGGUAGAUAGGUUUCUAUGAUAGCUGUAGAGGUAGUGUAUUCUCGCAUUUUACCUACAUGCUGGUAAAUGCAGUGUUAUCGAACUGUAAGGCGAGCUUCGUAUGUAUGAUGUUGUUUAUGAUGGUGACAUCAUUUUACAUGUUUGCGGCAGUUUGUUUUAUUCAGUGGUAAAAUCAGUUAGGUGAGACACGACACGGUUGAUAUUUGCCGACAGCUGUCUUGCCUAAUUUAUGUCUUUAUUUACAACACAUGGCUCUGAAAAUCACUACACUUUAGCCUCAUGCCACGAAUAUGGUUACGCCUCUCCGUAUGGCCCUGGUUCUUUAUAUGUAUGAUCUAGUCAGCUGUGUGGCUUACAGAAACUUUGCCACGCCCCCCUCAGUGUUUGGCUGGCUGCCGUGAGGUCCCCCCUGUGUCACAAACCGGCACAUUCGUGCAUAUGCUGUACAUUGGCGCGCAUGUCCUGUUCAUAUCAGUGUGUGCUCUCGGCGACUGGCGAGUGACUGUUGAGGGGGGGGGGGCUGAGUGGGGUGAGAGGGCUUAUGGCGCUGAUUGAAGUGUGGGUGAGAUCCUUGAGCUGUGUACCAGAGCUCAGAACCCUGAGCGGUGUAUGUGUGUAUGCGAUGGUCGCGAUCCUUUUAUACAAUACACAGGACUAACGGAG